UUUAGGGCUUCCCCUUCCCCUUCCCCUUUCCCCCUUAGUGUUGCUGUGUCGGGUUUUAGUGUUGUGUCGGUAGUUUAUUCCCCUUUAUCUGGUGUUUCUCUGGCUCUUUGAGGUGCGUCUCCUUUACCCGCGUUAGUUUAGCUUACUGUUUUCAUUGGCGAGGUUUCUUUGGUUGGAUUCAAAUGGUGUUGUUGAUUAUUAUGGUGGUGGUAAUUGUUACUUCAAUCUGGUUAUGUAGUUGGUUAGGGUUUAUUUCAUGUUUGGGGUUUGUUUCAUCCGAUUUUCAUAAUCGGAUGGUUCUUCGAGAUUCAACCUUGGUUAGAUUUCAUUCUCGCUUGGCAAUGAUUUCAUUUAUCAUUGCCUUGACAAAACGAAAUCUGAAGGCGGCCUUCCAAUUUCUCAAUUGGGGUUACAGCGCGUCCAUAAGCUUCUUCUCACCGGAGAAGCCUGUAUUACUCUUUCAAAAGGGUAUUACGUCACACAAGAAUGUGACUCUUUCAACAAACUCGACCAUUGCAUUCCGGGUGACAGAAGGUCACUGGCAUUGGUCUUGUUGCGAGUUCAUAAUUUCGCUGGUACCUAGUUCCCCCGCGCGUGAAAUCAGCUUUCUCCUCCUACUCCUUUUAUCCGGAUUCUGCCGAUUGUCAUCCACCAGAAGAAGCGUCAUCCACCAGAUCGAGCAGCUUUACUUUAGUUUAUGUUAUUUCUGUUUUUGCAGUUGUUGUGUAAGAGCGAGUUCCGCUCAAUUUCGUUUUUAUGUUUUUUUUGGUUGUUUUAGCAUUAAGAUGUAAUUUCGUUUUUCAUUAAUGCAAAAUUUCUUCGAUGUCAAAAAAAAAAAAAAAAUAUAUUACAAGUAUAAAGAUUAAAGAGCAUCUCUAUUCUCUACUUGGAGAAACUUUUAAUUGGCUUGGUAACCCCACUUGUACAGCGGACGAAAUUUCCACCCACAAUUCCCAGGAAAUUACAUACGCAAGUAGCUCCAAUCACAUGGUAAAGACAUAAUAAUCAUCCAAAGACUUCUAAGUCAACGUUUUUAUAGGAGCACCACAAAAUCAAAUAAAUUAUAACUGCCUCUUUCUCUUCAUCCAAAAUUGGUUUUUGUUCUGCUGUCUAUCUCUCAUUGCUAACAACUUCAAGACUAAAUCAUUGUGUUGCAAUGGAAACGGUGUUAUCCACGUUUUUGUCGGUAAUAACUGCAGCAGGGGCAGAUAAGGCACUGCUUAUAUGCAAAGGAAUCAAAGGAGCAGAGGAAAUAUCUACAUUCAUUGGUCAAGUGCCACAAUGGAUAAACUACAAUCAGAACCUUGAAGAAUAUCUCCAGAUUCUUAAGAGGAAAAUGGAGUCUUUAGCGAGUGUACAAGCUGAUGUCGUAACUGAGCUUCAAAACACCGAGCAUCAGAGUGGCAGGAAGCGAAAGAGCGAAGUUAACCAUUGGAUGAGGAGUGUACGGGGAAAAUUUGAGGAUGUAAAAAAUGUUGAAGAUGGAUUUAACAGAGUGAGAUAUGUACCGAGAUUUCUCUUUCGUGCAUGGUUAGGGAGUUGCAUUGAGAAAGAAAUCCAACAAGUAAAAGACCUUAUACAACAAGGUUCAUUUCCUACAGGACUUCUACUCAAUGCACCCCAAGGUUGUGGAGAACUGUUAGUGACGAAUAUGUUGAAGGGCGUAGUUGUGAGUCAGAAGUUGGAUGAAAUCUGGGAGCAUCUUGUCAAUGCUACAACUAUAAGGAUUGGUGUUGUAGGACCUGAAGGCAUUGGCAAAAGUGCCAUCAUGGCUCAAGUCUAUAACCAAUUGAACCCAUCUUGUAAUCAAUAUCAUGUUUAUUAUGUUAAUGUACCUCGAAACUUUAGUAUCUACCGCCUUCAAGAUUGCAUUGCGGAAGAAAUAGGUGUGAAACUAAUACAAUCAGAAGGAAGUGAAAUCAAGAGGGCGGCUAAGAUAUUCAAUGUGCUCAAGAAGAAGAAGGUGUUUGUCCUCAUUCUAGAUGGAUUAUCCCAAUAUUUUGCUCUCGAAGAAGUAGGUAUCCCCAUGGAAGGGAAUGAAGGAAAAUUAAUUGUGACAUCUCGAGAUCUAGAUAUAUGUAGAAAAAUGUCAUGCCAAAAGACUGUUAUGUUAGAACCUUUGUCUGCAGAGGAUGCGAAAAAUUUGUUCAUGGAGAAACUAGCAGCAAAUGCUCCUCUUUCUGAAGAAAUUGAGGUUGUUGCUAGCAAUAUUAUUCAGCAAUGCAAUGGUAUACCUUUGAGAAUUAUAGAUAUGGCUGUCCAACUGAGAGGAGUUUCUGAUGUAAAUGAGUGGAGGUGCACAUUGUCUGAAAUGUGAAUUAACUUGGACAACAGAUGAAUGAAACAUUUCUUUUCAUACCAGUAAAUGGCUGUAAUUUAUCAUAUUUUGUAUUCUAUGGUAUUUAGGAGGUUCAUUCUCAUGAAACCUUUUGUAAUACGGAAUGGGAAGCAAAUAAAGUUAUUGAGAGGUAUGUUAAACAAUCAUCAUCACAUAUAAGAGCUUUUCGUUGAAACGUGCAUAACGAUUGAGGACCAAGGAGAGGAGAGAGAUAGAGAGAGUGAAAAAAGAACCCCAUAUGCUCGGAGAUAGAAAAAGAGAACCUUCAAAAAAAACCUUACAACGCAGUAGGAGCUCUUCAAAAAAAAAAAAGUACCCCAUAUGCUCCUCUUUUUUUUUUUUUACCACUGAUACUUAUAACGCUUCAGCUUUAUAAAACAUUAUGAUAACCGACGCAUUAGUAGUUCCCCCUUAAGCGCAAGAUAUCCUAAUGCUUUUUUUUCCUUACCUUAUUAAUACAAUACUACCUCUGUUUUUUUUUAGUUGCAACGAUUAGACAUUUUUCCUCUCUAGAGGUAGUACAACUAAUACAAGCUCAUGAGUCAACGUUGGGAAGACUUUGAAUGUUGACUUGUUCAACAAAGUAAGGAUUCUAUCAAUGAAGCUUCAAUGAACACAACUACACUUUUGCAAUUGCUUACUCAGAACUGGAGUUUUCUGCUUCUGCUUACUCUCUCCCCCUCAUCAAUCCUUGGCAAGAUACAGAAUGUUUGAAUAUCUUAAUGUUUAUGGAGCUAUAUCUCUGCUGGUGAUAUUCAUAACAGUAGUCAUCAAACUUUUGAGAAGAUCAGACUCCGAAGAUAAUGGGAUUGGCUGGAAGGAUAUAGCCAAUAUAUGGGAUUUCCUCAGCAAUGUACCAAAAUGGGUUCAAUACUACCACACUCUCAAUGCCAAUGAACAAGUACUCCGACAAAAAAGAGAUCAGUUGCACGAAAGACUGGAAGAUCUGGAAAUGGAGGUUGAACACAAAGAACAGAACACUAACAGGCUCCGAAAGAGAGAGGUUGAUAAUUGGUUGAAUUCUUCUCGAACCAAAUGCUCCGAGGUGGAUAUUUUAUUACAAGAGAUAUCAAGAGAAACUUGUAUCAUCUUCAAGUAUCUGUAUCGAGCAUAUUUAGGAAGUCUUGUUGAGAUAAAGAUUAAAGAAAUAGAUGAUCUCCACAAUGCAGGAGUAUUUGAAGAGGUGUUAUCUUGUGUUAGAGAAAGAGUAGAAUUAUUGACUAUAACAUUGGUGGGUAACGCGGCAAAUCAGUAUAUUGAAAGAAUAUUGACAUGGUUAAGGAGUGGAGUUACUAAAAUUGGAGUGCAUGGAAUUAGAGGAAUAGGGAAAACUGCUCUUAUGAUGCACAUUCAUAAUCAACUGUUAUGUUAUGCUGAUGUUCAGGUUUAUAUGAUUCAAGUAAGUGAGGAUCAGAAAGAAAAAGAUUUGCAGGGUGAAAUUGCCAAAGCUGUAGGAAUCGAUUUGCAGGAAGAAGAUGGACUAAAGAGGGCAGCUUUGUUGUAUACAGCAUUACGAAAAAGGAAAUUCGUGCUAAUUUUAGAUGGUUUGACGAAACAUUUGUUGGAGGAUAAGAUAGGCAUUCCGCUUGAUGCUACAAAAGGGAAGAUGAUUAUCACUUCGCGAUCUCUAGAUGUAUGUCGAAAAACAGGUUGCCAGAAUAACAUGAUUGCAAUGGAUCGACUGGCGGAUGAAGAAGCAUUAAGACUGUUUAAGCAGAAAGUCGAACGUGAUUUCAAGCGUGAGCCCGAGAUAGAACAUGUAGCACAGGAAAUUGUUGAUCUAUGUGAGGGUGUUCCGCUCAGAAUUGUUGAUAAGGCAACAGAUCUAAGAGGGGAAGGUGAUAUCAGGGCCUGGCAGGAGAAUCUCAAUAAUAUGUAGUGGCCUAAUGCUUGGAUGCUUAGUUACAAUUUAUACCUCAACAACCCAUUUGAUAGGCGGUAAUAACUGGUGGAGAUGGUAAUGUUAGUGUAAUUUUGUAAGUUUUUAUGUCAAUGUCUAUGGUAAUGGAGUUUCCUAGA